AGCUUCAAUUCAACACAACAAACGACCGGCGUCACUCUUUACAGCAAGUAUACAUCUGGCUCUCUUUCAGGCUAGCUCGCGACUCUCUUUCCGACAGCAAAGACGUUUUGCGAAGCUAUACCGAGUUUCUAAACAAGAACUACUCCAUCACACCAUCAAACGUAAAAAGUAGCCAGGAAGACACCGAGAGAAGCAAUUGAUGCUUUGCAUCCUGUUCUAUACCCAGUAAUACUUCGAGCCGACAUACAACCACAAUCACCACCAUGUCCUCCCUUCCCCUCCGCCCCCUCUUCCGUCCUCGUCCCCUCCUCUAUCCCCUCUCGAACGCGGCCUUCUUCAGCACUACCCGCCCCCGCCGCUCCGCUUCCCCAGGCCCCAUCCUCCCCACCCUCCGCCCGGCCCUUCUCGCCGCCAUGAAAGCGAAAGACACACAACGCUUAACAGUCCUCCGCUCGCUCCUCGCCUCCAUCACCAACGCGUCGAAGACCAGCUCUCCAAUCGCAAACGACGCGGCGCUGUAUACGCUGCUAAGCAAGCGGAUUUCAGAAUGUAGUGCUGCAGCGAAGGAAUUUGGAGACGCGGGGCGGCAGGAUCUAGUGGAGAAAGAGCAGGGGGAGGUUGUGGUGUUGAGGGAGAUUGCGGAACGGUGUGGCGCGGUGUCUGAGGAGGAGGUGAGGGUGGUUGUUGAGGGGGUGGUGGACGGGAUGAAGAGUGAGAAGGGGGGUGUACAAGUGGGCAAGGCGACGGGGCGGGUGUUGGGAGAGCUGAAGGGAAAGCCCGUGGAUCGGGAGAUGGUUAUGAGGGUUGUGAAGGAAGUUGCGGAGACGUGA